AUGCUCUUGUUCAGAGCGAAGCGAGCACGAGCAAUCCGGUCGCCGUCGCGCGUCGCCCUCCGCGCGCUGAGCUCCGGCGGCGGCGGCCGCCGCACGUCCCGCCGCCACACGCCGCAUAGCGGGUACGGACACGACAUCCUCGGCGACACUGGCGGCUUCCAGCCCCUGAGUGAGGAGGUGAGCCGCGGCGUUGACGGGCUCUUUGCGCACGGCACCACCUCGGUCGAGUCCUACUCGAGCCGCGGUUUCGUCGUCAACGGCGUCCAGCUGCCUGGCGCGGUGCUUCUGCUGCCGGACCAGUCGUUUCUCUUCUCCGCCGCCGCUGUCGGCGAGCUGACGCCGGCGUCGCUCACGCCACUGCUGCUGCUCGAGGAGCGGCCGGAGCUGCUCAUCCUCGGCUGCGGCGAGCGGAUCGAGCGGCCGCCGCCCGCGGUCGGCGCGUGGGCCGCGCGGCACGGAUUGGCGCUCGAGGUGCUCAACACGCGCACCGCCUCGUCGACGCUCAACUUUAUGGUGCAGGAGCAGCGGCCGGUGGCGGCGGUGCUCUUCCCACCCGGCUACCGUCGGCCCAGCGAGGGCGACGAGUCGGGGUUCGGAUGA